AUGGUCACAUUUCUUCUUUCUUCUUGUCUCUUUCUACCAGCUCAGUCUCUUCUGCUCCUUGCUUCUCUGCUCAUCUUGGCUUCACCAGGCCAUUGUGUGCACACACAAAGCCUAAACACCUUCAAGAAAUCUCCCUCCAACUCUUCACUGAGUGCUCUGAAGAGAACCACUUGGCCCAGGGACUGCAGCGAGGUUCUGGCUGGCAGCCCCAGUGGUGUGUACAUCAUCCAGCCCACGGGGCUGCACCCCAUCAUGGUGUUCUGUGAGAUGAGCGGGGCAGACGGGGGCUGGACCGUCAUCCAGAGGAACCGGCGGGACACGGACAUCACCUGGGCCGAGUCCUGGAGCACCUACAAGCACGGCUUUGGCAAUGUGCACGCUGAGUUCUGGCUGGGCACCGAGUACAUCCACCAGAUCACCAGGCAGAAGAUGUACCAGGUCAGGUUUGUCAUCUGGGAUGCUGCAAACAACAUGAAGUUCGCAGACUACAACCUGUUCAGCCUGGAUGAUGAGUCCCAGGGCUACCGGCUGAGGCUGGGAGCGCACUCGGGGACAGCAGAGGAUGCCAUGGAUUCUGACAAUCCCAGGAAAGUGCACAACAACAUGAAGUUCUCCACCAAGGAUCGGGAUCAGGACACUUACAGAGGGAACUGUGCCUCACGCUAUGGGGGUGGGUGGUGGUACUCAGCGUGUUACUCUGUGCAGCUGAACGUCAAGGGGGGGCUGACGUGGGGCAAGCUGUGCAAGGGGACCUGCAGAGCCUCGGCCAUCCUCAUCAAACCAACCCCACACCCCUAG